UGCUUAAACAUUCGAAAACUUAAGAAUUCCAAAAACGUGUGCUAAAUAUCCUAAUUAACAAAACUACUGAAAACAAUACACACGUGAUUACACUUCCUUAAAGCAUUUUUAUAAAUUUUCGAAAAGACUAAAUUUCAAAACUACAAUAAUUAUACUUCCCAAUUCUUGCAUCUUCUUAUCAACCCAUAAUUAACAAUAAUUAACCCUUAAAUAGUCUCAACUGAAUUAACACGACAAAAACUGCUAAAACUAUUAUAACAAACCGCCACGUUUAAAAAUGUUCAAUAUUUCCAUCACCUCCAAAAAACUUCGUUAUCUUCCCUAAAUCGAACAAAAAAUGUUUACACGCUACACGUCUUGUACACCUAAACCUCUUUUCAAAAUCGAAAUAUCCGAACAAUGAAGGAUAUACGUGUUUUUUUCGGCUCGCCAAUUCAAUCAUACCGUGAUCGCGUUAACCGUGAUCGAGUGUUUCACAAAAUGGCAGAAACGCGCAAAAUGGCCGAAGCGCAGCUACUCCACUCAAAGUUUUCUCUCGACCAUCGAACAGUCGUACAACUUUGUCACAAACAAAAAGUUGCAUAUUUUGUUCGCCAUACUUUGCCAGUUACGCCACAAAAGCCCUGAAACGUAAUUAACUUCUGCCUCAUUGUUAAAAACGUAAUAUUAACGAGCAACUUCGAAUUCUUUCGGUGAAAUGAUUAUCGAACCACACUAAAAUCGCAGGAAUGUUCGUGAGAGUGUAAUAUGGAAGUUUGUAAUACAUUGAAACGUUGGAAAGCUAAUUAGCAUUGUGCUCAACAUAAUGAUACAAUGACGCCAUUAAUACCAACGGUUACACGGCUUUGACGCUCGACAAUAUCCCGUGAAACGGGAAGCGAUAAUGGAACUUGUUUUGAAAAAGAACUGUAGAUAAUGGUGUUUGUGGCUGUUGGAGAAAGACAGUGAUAGAUUUAUGUUUUGAUGCAGCUGUGGGUUUGGCGCUUUAGGGUCGAACUUAAUGCAGCUGACCGAUCCCCAACCCAAGAAGCAGAUUAACGUAUCCUGACACUCUAACCAGCCUAUUUGGCAUCCAAAAGUGUAGUGACAGUGUGUAAAAAAACAAUUAAGUGUCCGAAACGUUGAAUCUCGUGAAGUGAACCGAGUGAAAGUGAACUCUGACUGACAGGAAACUGAUCGAAACUGAGUGCAAGUUCCAGUGGAACUCGAUAGUUCUAACACUCGGCGACAUUAAAACUUUGGAGGAAUAUAAAUUAUGUCCAGUUCCGUUAAAACCUUACAAAUGAAUUCGACGAAUCGAUAGUGCGCGACCGUAAAUCCAAGUCCAGAUCGGACCCGGUGUGUCUGAUGAAUAAUACAAUUCUUCCGGUCGCGUUGGAUCCUCAGUCAGCGAACGGAAAGCUUCGAACCGAAUCGUAGAAUCCUUAUCGACUGACACGGUGAGAUAUCCUUUUCUCGCAUCCUUCUCUGACCGGUCUUUUCUGACGGGUAUCCUUUUCCGGAGCAUCCUCGGCAACGUAUUCUUUUCGUAUCCCUUUAACGUCGCUCGGCGUUAACGUUGAUUCAGCAGGGAUACUUAAAGAGGCGACGUGCACGAUGAGUGAUAAAUCAAGUGCAAAAUCGUCGGAGCAUUGAGCCGUGCUCGAGAAGUGAUACAGCGAUCAGUUAUGAUCGUGGACGGUGAUUUGCGUACGGAACAAGUAAGUUAAAGAAGAGUAACCAAAGGGUGACAGUGAUGUGGGUGAAUCCGGAUCGUGAUUUCAAAGGUCUCUUACGAUCUCUGUGAGUAAUUGAUAAGGAGAUCGAGGUGUGUUUACGUUCUUGUUCGCGGGAGGAGAGGGAUAAACGUCGAGGAACAGAGGGAAAGGAAGAGUGACAGAAUGAAGGACCGUCGUAGAAGAUGGCUGUUCGCCGCGCUACCAUUAAUCACCUUCUUCUCGCAUCAAAUCGAGUGUGCAGCGAAAAGCGGCGGAAUAUCGGUGGAGCACCAUCCGUCUUCUUACUGGGAGCAACCCUUUAGCCAGCCUUACUUCGACAACACGACCAAAAGGGAGACCACGACGACCGUCGGCCAAUCCGCUUACCUGCACUGCAGGGUGCGCAAUCUUGGCGAUCGUGCUGUGUCGUGGAUCAGGAAACGGGAUUUGCACAUUCUCACCGUGGGAAUCUUAACGUACACCAACGACCAACGCUUUGUGUCGUUGCACAGCGACGGAAGUGACGAAUGGACCCUGAAGAUUAGUUCACCACAAGUUCGAGAUAGCGGAACGUACGAGUGUCAGGUCUCAACUGAGCCGAAAAUUAGUCAGUCUUUUAACUUGAGCGUUGUAGUGUCAAAGGCGAAGAUUAACGGUAAUUCAGAGCUGUACAUCAAAAGCGGAAGCGACAUCAAUCUGACCUGCAUCGUACUGCAAACACCCGAGCCGCCGUCCUUCAUUUAUUGGUACAAGGGUGAUCACGUGAUAAAUUAUAGUCAGAGAGGAGGCAUCAGCGUAGUCACCGAAAAGCAAACGCGAACGUCGCAUCUCUUGAUAUCAAGAGCGUUACCUGCUGAUUCUGGAAAUUACACAUGUGCUCCAUCUACGGCCGAGUCAGCCAGUAUCCUAGUCCACGUACUCAAUGGUGGGAGAGCAUCCAGCGGCGAUGCAACACGGGAACUCGAGCAACAGCGGUGCAGCUACGAGGACUCUGGCGUUGCUCCUGUUGCUUCUGCACGCCGGUUCGUUCGCGAGGUGACUGGUCGAUCACGAAUCCUUGCAAUAAAACCGAGAGCAAACGUCGUUUCUCCUUUACAUAACCGAACAGAGGCGGAGGAGUGUUUGUGGAUGAGCAAGGAAAAGACGAAGAAGAUUGCGAAAGGAAACUGCGUCUCUAUCAGCGUCGACGACCUCGUGGCCCCUAUACAUACAUCAUCCUCCAUCUUGCUCUCAGCAAAGUGAUCAUCAAAGAGACUCCUAAGGAAGAAAACUCGAGUAUCUCGAGACUGAUUGCAUCCGUGGGCUCUGCUCGCACUUUCUGCUGUUCAUCGAUAUCUUCGUAAUUCUAGCCAUUGAAUCGCCUCCAACUCGAGUUUAGUAAAUCUACACUGUGUCCUAAUAGCGAUCGAGGCUCCGGAGGCGAUCCACAAGUGACAAAACUGUUCUCCGGCGAUGUAUAUUCUUCGUUCGAGGUGUGUCUGUACAGACUGGCUACCGUGAUUUUUGUUUUCGUUCCAAGGACGGUCGAAGGAACUCUUGUGAAGAGAACUCGACGACAUGUAAAUGGGUGUUUAGUAUGAUACAAGUUGGACUCGAUGCGAUCCAACCGGGACGCUUAGCGUCCAUGAUAAUGAGGAUCUGUGCAGCUGGUACUCGCGAUCAAACGGGCGCCAGUCUCUUGCCAAGUUGGACUAACGCCAUGUUUCUGGGUAACGUUUCUUGCUGGAUGUUUUGCGAAACGAGACGGAGCUAAAUGGCACUUUAAGGAACACGACGGACAGUGUCGAGGAGCUGUUUAGGUGAACGAUACACCGAAAGACUGCUGAUUUAUCUUGCCUUUCUACGGUUAUUGAUUUCCUUCUCAGACCAAGUAUUUGCUUUCGAGAUAAACUUGCCUAAUACACUUCUAUGACAUCACA